AAGCGAGAUGAAUACUGAAUAUACAACAUACAAUUGUAGGUCGGGACAGAAACUGUUUCUCUUAAGCAAGGGACAAUCAGACAACAGCUGUGCUGAUGAACAUACAAUACAUGUAGUAUACAAAAAGUUCUCGACUAUUGCCAUUCAAACAGAUGAUAAUGGCUGUGAUUGCGGCUGUUCUUCUAUGUACAUCAAUAAACAUCACAUCUCAACAACACCUCUGCAAGCACAGCAAGAAGUAUUGAUUGAUGAUAAACAUACUCACCAUGUUAUGGAGGAUGUUGUAGAAGAGAGACAAGGUGAAUCUCUCUCAAUGCUAUCCAUGGUUUAUGGCAUGACAGAACAUGAUGAGAAAGAAUUUGCUGUCAAACCCUUUCAAUGUUUUUAUUGCAGCAAGAGAUAUUCCAAUAAGGAUGACUUACAUAAUCAUGUUAAAAUCCACGCCACUGAAAAGCCAUUUGAGUGCUCAAUUUGCAAUAAGGCAUUUGCCCAUAAGUGUAAUUUAGUUUCUCAUUUAAAGAUACAUUCUGGAGAAAAGCCAUUUCAGUGUUCAUACUGUGAGAAAAGGUUUUCAAGAAAGUUUGAUUUAGGUACUCACCUGACCAUGCACACUGGAGAGAAACCUUUUGAAUGUUGUUACUGUCACAAGAAAUUUGCAAGAAAGAUACAAUUGGAUUAUCAUUUUAGGACUCAUAGUGGAGAAAAGCCAUUCAAAUGCACUUAUUGUGAAAAGGCAUUUGUACAAAAAGCUCACUUGUCUUAUCACAUCAGAACACACACUGGAGAAAAGCCAUUUGAAUGCACUUACUGUAAUAAAAAGUUUAGCCAGCGAGGACCUUUAAACUACCAUCUUAAAGAACAUACUGGACAAAAGCCAUUCAAGUGCUCUUAUUGUGAAAAGACUUUUGCUAGAAAAACACAUUUGGCUGAUCAUAACAGGACGCACACUGGAGAGAAGCCAUUCCAGUGUUGUUAUUGUGAUAUGAAGUUUUCUCAAAGAGGUAACAUGAAUAAACAUAUCAGAAAACACACAUAAGGAACAACAAUAAUUCAACACUUAUGAGGAAGAAGUGGUGAGAAACUCACCACGUUGGGAAGAUACAGAAAGGGAUUUCCAAUCAUUGCCAGUCAUUGCCAAGUAAUAAGAUGGUAGCCAUUCAAUUGUUGUAAACUCUCAGAGUUGUAUAGAAGAAGUCGCCUUUCAACCUGUAAAUAUUUACUACUAAUUUAUUUUUUCUUUUUGAUAUUUAUUUUUUAUUUAUUUUAUCAUUAUUUUUAUUUAUUUAUCACUUGUAAAAUGUAUUUAUAUGCUUAUUUGAUGUUAAGGAUUAACAAUUGUUUAGACUAGCCAA